AUGACAACCUCCCUAAAGCAUGGAGACUUUGUGGCAGAGCUUAUGGGGGAAAAGCCAGUGAGGAGCCUGCCUGGGAUUGGUGAAGUCCUGGGCAAGAAGUUGGAGGAAAGGGGCUUUGAUAAAGCAUAUGUUGUCCUUGGUCAGUUUCUGGUGCUAAAGAAAGAUGAAAUCAUCUUCCAGGAAUGGCUGAAGGACACAUGUGGUGCCAAUGCCAAGUAGUCCCAGGACUGGUUUGGGUGCCUUUGAGAAUGGUGUGAUGUUCUCUGGGGAGCCCUCAAUCUCCAGUCCUAUUAUCAAGUCUCCAGAGUUUGUAUCCAAGUGGAGGCUCUUUGUCCUCUACAAAGGAAAAGAUUGCUGUUGUUGUCUUUGAGAAUUCUCUCCCCUCCCCAUUGA